AUGGCAGCGCAGUCUCAGCAAGCACAGCAGAACCUACAAGCCUUUGGUAUUCCCGGCCUUCGGCAUUUCUGGGACCCAAAUACGACAGCUUACGCAAAAAUCGUUGAAGUGUACAGACACGGAUCUGGUUACAACUACGAAGACGUGGUCUGGCAUGCUUGGGCGGCAAUCUGCUACAUGUACUUUCCUCAGGAAGCCCCAACACCAACAGAUCCGCGAUGGGCUAUCGAUCGAGAAGCAUAUCGGGGUUUCGCGAGCUCUCUUUCCUCGACUAAGCCGGAUCUCAUCGUCAUCAAGCUGACUGCGGGUCAAAUAUCACAGCAUCAGCUGCCACAAUUUUCUUCAAGAGAUUUUCUCUGGAUAGAAUGCAAAGCCGCCAACGAGGAUAGCCCCUCCGGAUGGAAAAGGGUCCUGGGCGAGUCGGUGACACGGCUGCAGACAGCACAUCCAAACCGAACGAUAUUUCUCAUCAUUGCGGUCGGCUGGAAAUGCAUGUAUUUCGUCUGGGACCCCAACAACGCAAUCGCUGGGCGACCGUCCAUGUUCAUACGCUCGGCGGUCGGCGCCCAGACGUGGCAGAUUGAUGGUCGCAUCAAAGGCAUUCGAAACGAAUCUUGGGUAAACCUAAUCACAGGCGAAAUUCAUGUUGAUAAGGCGAUGACCCGCGACCAUACAUCUGCCCGGUUUGCCAUCGCUCGUUUGGCCGCGUGGAGCAUCAAGAACGGCAAGGGCGCUUGCACACCGGAGCCAAACCAUUCCAGCGCCACGAAUGUGCGCGAUGCUUCGCUCGCCAUGAUCUACUGCUUCGUCACCAGCAGGAGUUGCAUCAGACGUUGCCUUCGCCGUCUCGGCCCAGUGGCCUCCGAGCCAACUUUUGACACCAUGGGGGACGGAUCUCCUGACUUCAACACGAACUGUAGCGCGGCCGAUGCGACUAACCAGCCUUUCGAAGGCUUGUCCACUCCGGCCGAGCCCCCCUUGGACAACACUGUUGGCGCUGCACCGCUGGGCCAGGAAAGCGCGAACCGGCCUACAACGUACGUCACCGAUGCCCCCGCCCAAGACAAGCGUCCCGCGACCAAAAAAACACAAUCUCCUGCCGUGAUUGCCAACUUCCCCAGGAGUGUCUCCAGCGACAACCAGUACGGACCCAGCGAGCCAAAGUAA